CGUGCUGUAAACACUCAAACAUUCACUCACUGCAUGUCCAUCCUUCGUGCUUACCCCAUCGAUGCGGUACUGCAGACUGGUUUCGUCUGCUCACGUACUAUCAAGCGGCUAGUCAGCGCUCACAAUUUUGCGAAGCGUAUGGUAUCUCGUGUCACGGCUUUUUCGUCCUCCAGAAAUCUAAGAACGGCCUACGCAGGUGCAGCGCUCAACUCAUCUCCACUGCUCAGCAAGCUCUGUUACCACUCACUUACCGAAUUUGGGAAUCGUUUCAUCCCACAUUGAUAAGCACAUCCAUCUGCUAGGAGAUUAUCGUAGCAAUGUCACGGCCACAGGACAGCAACGACUUGCAGCCACUGGCCACUUCUACUCUGGCUGGCCUUGAUCGAGCGGCCAUGGAGCGAGAGCGCCUGGCACGCGCGGCAUCUCGCAAGCGUCAGCGGGACCCUUCUAUAUCGCCACCUCCGGUCAGAAGUCCUAGGAAGGCACCCAAGCUGGAGUGCACGACGAUCGACUUACCGAGUGGUGCGCGGCUCAAUACGUUUUCCACUCUUGUGCAGCAGGACCAACAGACGCGCAAGUCUGAAGCCGCCAAUGCGGCAUCUGCGAACCUCAAGGCCGAGAACAAAGGGGCCCGCCGUGUUCAAGAUCAUCCGAUUGACAAAACUACGAGCGGCUUGGAGUAUCCGAACGGCGUGGUCAAGACGACAUGGGCAUUCGGUCAUGCGCGAACUGGAAACGACAUUAAGAUCGAAGAAGUCCUUGAACCAAGAACGCUUCGGACUGCUCUGCUCUCAGCCUUCCAAUGGGACGUAGAAUGGGUAUUGUCCAAGCUCAAGGUGCCGCCGAACGGGGGCACGACGAAAUGCAUCUUCGUGAUGCAGGCCAAAGAAGACUCGCUGCGUCAACAAAUGCUCACAGAGACAGAUGCUAUGAGGCCCUUUUUGCGGCUGACCUUCCCCUAUAUGGGUGGCUCGGUUUUCUGUAUGCAUUCUAAGCUUAUGCUUCUCUUCCACCCGCACAAGCUUCGUAUUGCCAUCCCGUCUGCGAAUCUGCUAAGCUUUGACUGGGGUGAGACGGGCAUGAUGGAGAACAGUGUGUUCAUCAUCGACUUACCGCGGCUUGUGGACGAGCAGCGAGCACGAGUAACUGCCGACGACCUGACCUUCUUCGGAAAGGAACUUCUCUACUUCUUGAAGAAACAGGACAUCGACCAGGAUGUGAGAGAUGGCGUGCUGGGUUUCGACUUUGCGGCCACCGCGCAUAUAGCUUUCGUGCAUACUGCAGGCGGAACUUCCUUCGGAGAAGAAGCGCAGAGAACAGGUCUUCCGGGCCUUGCACGAGCGGUACGAUCGUUGCGGUUACAGACGAGAUCUCUUGAGGUCGACUUCGCAGCGUCGUCCAUUGGCUCGCUGAACGAUGAGUUUCUCCGCAGUGUUCACUCAGCCGCGAAAGGUGAGGAUGCAAUAGCUCUAACUUCGGCGGCUGCAUCACAGGCCAAAGCAAAUUUCUUCCGCCCUAGCCCUGGCAAGCGGACGUCAGCCGCAGAUAACAUCAAAACCAAGCUGCGCAUCUACUUUCCAACGCAAGAGACCGUCACUAAUUCAACAGCCGGCGCGGCAGGCACGAUCUGCCUCAGUCGCAAAUGGUACGAAAAUAUGACCUUCCCACGCAGCGUGUUCCGCGAUUACGUAUCGACUCGACCUGGUCUUCUUAGCCAUAACAAGAUACUGUAUGCACGCGGUAAGCAAAAGCAAGGCACGCAAGAUGUUGCGUGGGCUUAUGUAGGCUCGGCAAACAUGUCAGAGUCUGCAUGGGGGAAGCUGUCGUACGACAGGAAAGCGAAGGUUUGGAAGGUGAAUUGCAGAAAUUGGGAGUGUGGCGUACUCCUACCUGUGCCGGCAGAAAGGCUGCGGUCUGCAGCUAGCAAUAACAAUACCAAGGAAGCAAAGUCAGGCAAGAACGGUGCUCCUGCACCUGGUAAUGAUUCAGAAACGGAGAGUGAGGGUGAAGGUGAGGCGAAGGGUUCAGAAUCUGCGGACGAGAUCGUUGGUAUGGAGGUUUUCAAUACUUGGGUCGACCUGCCCUUCCAGUAUCCGGGACGAACGUACGAUGGCAGAGAGCCUUGGUACUUCCAGGAACACAAUCGGUAGGCCUUAUGCUCGUGACGCAGAAUGGGCCAAUCAUCACUUGUGCACUGCUGUGCAUGCGGUUCUCG